UAAAUUCUCCCCAAAUAUUAUUAUUCUGUCAAAAUCUAGAGCCUAAUAUAAUGAAUCCUACAGAAAUCAAGAAGAUCCAUGCGAUGAAGAGUGUGAACAUCUCAGGUUUAGUUCCCAUCUUGUUGAGCUCAAAGCUCUUGUUCAUCAUAGGCAACAUAAUCAUAUUUGUACUCAUGUUCAACUCUCGACUCCUUUCUUCAAGUAGUUAUACCUCCUCAACCACCAAUAAUGUUUUAUAUGAUGAAUACAUUAAUAACUGCCAAAUGAAUAAGCCUCAGAUUCCAACUCAUUUGGUCAUCAAUGCUGAGGAGAAGUUUGAGAAGCGUGUUGGAGAGAAUUACAGUACUACUCUGGAGGAGUUGAACGGCAACAAAGAGUGGGUUAAGGAAGUUGCAGAAGCCAAAGAGGAGAAGAACACAGAUGAUGAAAAAGCUGAAGAACCAAGCUUGGUUUGUUCUUGUUCUGAUGAUUUGAACAAAAGGGCUGAAGACUUCAUUGCGAGAGUUAAUAGGCAGAGAAGGCUUGAACUUACCCUUGUUCAUUGUGACAGUUACUGAAACAGUAGUAUAUGAGCUUUCAAAUUGUAAUUUACAAUGCCUUUGUGGAACAAAUAAAUGGAAAAGCUUUA